AUGAUGUCCUCCAACUUGCUAUCGCGAUUUCUACCUCCGACGGGUCCAACGGGGUCUCCUUCAGUCUACGAAACCAUUCGCCAACAUGACGCCGGAUCGGAUUCCUCCGAUAUCGAAGAACGGGCGGGCUUGGUCUUGGAUGACCAGCAACAAGAGUUCAGUGACCGGGAGCUGGAGGAUGCACUGGCAGAUGCGCAGGAUAGUGAAAUAAUCAGUCCAACUAGGGCGCUUCUGGACCAAGCUCCUAUGGGCAAGGCCCCCGAGCAGACUUCGCCUUCGAGCACACGCCGUCGGAAAUCAUCCCGACCUCGAUGGAUGGCACAGGAUCCUUUAGGCCAUGAGCUUGAAGAGAAUGAUGACGACGUUCCGCAGUCUCUGUUGGUGGAAGGACACCGCGAAGAUGUGAAAUCGCGUCUACCCCCUCCUCCCCGGCCUCAUGGUCGCCCAAAUCGCCAGAGAGCCUCCAGCCCCGACCCCUCUCCGCAGCACACUGGAACUCACUGGAGAGAGAACCCUCGUCAAUCUCCACCCAGUAAUAAUGAACACCCGAUAUCAAAGUGGUUCUCCGGUCAACAUCCCGGCCUCGCCAACAUCGACCCUGCCAAAAAAGCAAUGUGGCGGUGGGCGAAUGUGGAAGAUCUGGAUAACUUCUUGAAGGACGUCUAUGUCUAUUUCCUGGGAAAUGGUAUUUGGUGUAUCCUGCUGACGAGGGUACUGAAUCUCUUAACAUUCGCCUUCGUUGUUGGCUUUUCGACCUUCUUGACAAACUGCAUUGAUUACUCAAAGGUUCGGCGAAGCAAAACUCUGGAUGACAUCCUCGUACCCAAAUGUACAGCAAAUAUGUCUGGCUCGUCCACAUUCCUACUCUGGCUCGCUAGCUUUUUCUGGAUUGUGAAGCUCUUUCAAUAUGUGCUAGAUAUUCGCAGACUCAAACACCUACAUGACUUUUAUCUCUACCUACUUCAUGUCUCCGAUGCAGAAGUACAGACAAUCUCCUGGCAAGAAGUUGUCAGUCGAUUGAUGGCGCUGAGAGAUUCAAAUCCAUCUACUGCAGCGGCAGUUUCUACCAAACAUCGGAAAUUCCUGGGAAGCCAGUCAAAACAGCGCAUGGACGCCCAUGAUAUCGCCAACCGCUUGAUGCGCAAGGAAAACUAUAUGAUUGCAUUGGUAAAUAAGGACAUUUUGGACCUGACUCUUCCAAUACCCUUUCUUGGGAACCGUCAGUUGUUCUCCCGCACCAUGGAAUGGAAUCUCAACCUGUGUGUCAUGGACUAUGUCUUUAACGAGCAAGGCCAACUGAGAACACUGUUCCUCAAAGACACUCAUAGAAGAGCGCUUAGUGAUGCCUUGCGUCGGCGCUUUGCUAUCGCUGGCAUCAUGAACAUUUUCGUAGCGCCAUUCAUUGUGGUCUAUUUCACAAUGCAUUACUUCUUUCGAUACUUCAACGAGUUCAAGAAGAACCCAGGACAGAUCGGCUCCCGUCAAUACACCCCCAUGGCGGAGUGGAAAUUCCGCGAGUUCAACGAGCUCUGGCAUCUCUUUGAACGUCGAACCAAUAUGUCUUAUCCAUUUGCCAGUCGUUAUAUUGACCAAUUCCCCAAGGACAAGACUGUGCAAGCGGCACGAUUCGUCGCGUUCAUUUCUGGUGCUCUUGCCUCUGUGCUUGCUCUCGCUUCGGUGAUAGACCCGGAGCUCUUCCUUGGCUUUGAGAUUACUCCGGAUAGAACGGUCCUGUUCUACCUCGGGAUUUUCGGUACGGUAUGGGCAUUCGCACGGGGCAUGGCUCCCGAAGAGACCGACGUCUUCGAUCCUGAGUACGCCUUGCGCGAGCUGAUUGGUUUCACUCAUUAUUUCCCUUCCGGUUGGAAAGGCCGUCUGCACAGCGAUGAUGUGCGGAAAGAGUUCGCGAUUCUCUAUCAAAUGAAAAUCGUGAUCUUUUUGGAAGAGAUCUUGAGUAUGAUCUUCACACCUUUCGUUCUGUGGUUCAGCCUGCCAAAGUGCAGUGAUAGCAUUAUCGAUUUCUUCCGAGAGUUCACAGUGCAUGUUGACGGCGUAGGCUAUCUCUGCUCUUUCGCCGUCUUCGACUUCAAGAAGGGUUCGAACGUGCUGUCCCAGGCGGUCCCUACACGUCAGGGUCCAGUUAAGCAAGAUUUGCGCACUGAUUACUUCUCAACUAAGGACGACAAGAUGCUCGCUUCGUACUACGGCUUCUUGGACAAUUACGGUGCGAACCAUCAACCCUCUACCCGACGGCCGUUCCAGCCACCACCAACCUUACCUACUCUCGGCUCGGUCUCUGGGCUUGACUUUGGUGCUCUUCCCGACCGGCCUGAUCCUCUCCACCCACGCCCAAGCCCAAUUUCGGGUGGAAUCUUCGGUCAGUCGGUGAUGGGCGCCUCCAAGUUCAGACCUAUGGGAGACAUCGACCACCGCUCCCCUGCUCCCUCAAUGCUCCUUGAUCCACAUCACCAACCCUCUGUUUCUGGAUUUGGCCCUGCCAUUCGAAAAACACCCCAGCAGUAUCAACGUUCUCGACUGGCCCGUCCUCAUCAGUCUGACAUCAUUGACGAUGAAGAGGAGCCACUAUCACAAGAAGGUCGUGGAUCUGCCACAAGGUUGUCCGGUACCCGUACUGGAGCCUCCAGUGCUGGCGCUGGUACCAGUGAGAGCAACCUCGGUGAUUCCUGGCGCAUGAACCCGUUGGGACAGGACGAGGGACAUGCCGGGGAGGGUGAAGAUGGUGAUGAGGGCGACAACAUCGAUGCUAUUGCUGGUGGGGCUGGUGUGCUGGGUCUGAUUCAGCAAUUCCAGAAGGCGAAUACAGAAGGCCGACGAACCACCGUAGGAAUCUAG